AAGGCAAAGAUUUCCACUGUGUUGCCCGACACAGCACUUCUGUAUCCACCGCUGUUAAAUGUGGUGAGGUUGUGGACAAAGAGGAAAGAUGAGUCUGUCAUGUAGAAAAGAUCCUCACGGCCUCUCCUUGUAAAGACGAGAGAGAGCCGCGGGAGACGACGGCUGUAGGAGGAUCUGUAGUGUUUAUUAAGGGGCCCCGAACCAGGUGGGCUGUCGCGGAAGGUGAUAGAAUGGCUAACCAGAGCUUUGCCAUCGACGGCCCCGGCAGUUUGCUGGCUGUGCUGGCUUCGCAGAGCGGAAUGGCGAGAGGCGGCAGCAGCAGCAGCAGCAGCAGUGACGGCAGCAGCAACAGUGGAGGAAUCUCUGCCACAGAUGUGUCCGCCUACUUUAAGCUGGUCUUCUUGGGUUUGAUCAUCUGUGUCAGCCUCGUGGGCAACCUCUUGGUCUCCCUGCUGGUCCUAAGAGACAGGACACUUCACAAGGCCCCCUACUUCUUUCUCCUGGACCUGUGCCUGGCUGAUGCAGUCCGCUCCGCCGCCUGCUUCCCCUUCGUGCUAGUUUCCGUCCACAACAGCUCGGCCUGGACUUACAGCGCCUUGAGUUGUAAAGUUGUGGCGUUCAUGGCCGUGCUGUUUUGUUUUCAUGCUGCCUUCAUGCUGUUUUGCGUGGCCGUCACCCGCUACCUUGCCAUCGCCCACCACCGAUUCUACGCCAAGCGCAUGACCAUCUGGACCUGCGCCGCCAUCAUCUGCAUGGUGUGGACUUUGGCUGUUGCAAUGGCGUUCCCGCCCGUCUUCGAUGUGGGGACGUACAAGUUCAUCCGUGAUGAGGAUCAGUGCAUUUUUGAACACCGCUACCUGAAGACCAACGACACCCUGGGCUUCAUGCUCAUGCUCGCCGUGGUGGUCCUCGCCACCCACGGGUUCUACGCCAAGCUGCUGCUGUUCGAGUACAGGCACCGCAAGAUGAAACCCGUCCAGCUGGUGCCAGCCAUCAGCCAGAACUGGACCUUCCACGGUCCCGGGGCCACAGGUCAAGCCGCAGCCAACUGGAUCGCGGGGUUCGGUCGGGGCCCCAUGCCACCCACUCUGUUGGGCAUCAGGCAAAAUUUACACAAUCAACACCGGCGGCUGCUCGGGAUGGAGGAGGUGAGGUCGGAGAGGAGGCUGGGCAGGAUGUUCUACACCAUCACCCUGCUCUUCCUGGUGCUCUGGGCUCCGUACAUCGUGGCGUGCUUCUGGAGGGUGUUCGUCAAGUCCUGCAUCAUCCCUCACCGGUACCUCUCCAUUACGGUGUGGAUGAGCUUUGCCCAAGCCGGAGUCAACCCAAUCUUCUGUCUCCUGCUUAACGAGGACCUGAGAAAAGUGCUGAGAGCUCACCUGCCCACCUACUGGAGGACUAAACAACACCUGCCGCAGGACGAGGCCUACUGCAUCAUGUGAUAAGAUAUGAGAUCGAUGAGGGGAAUGUUUCAGGUUUUCAAGAGAGAAUUGGAGACUUGAAGUGAUGUAACGCACCUUGGUUGUGUCUGUUUUGUUGUUUUGCACAACAAAAUCAAAUAUUCGCCAACAAAUGCAGGCACAACGCCAUUUUAUUGAAGAAUGUUGAUGAUAUUUGAAUGGUGCAGAGGUGAUAGAAAAGCGGGGCGACAGAAAAGCCCCGCACCGUUUUUCUGAUGUAUGAUUAAUAGGUAGGAAAGAUCACAACAAUCACCGCUCCAACUAAGUGUGACAGAUGCCAUUUUAAAAAUAAUGUUGCCUUAUUUCAGUGGGACACGCCCCAGAGCUUUCAGCGGAGUUUGUGUGUCACACGAGGCACAGACAGACACACGGAGGGUUGAAAUCCUUGAAGAAAUGUGCUGCGGACUGUGAAUAGAGAGUGUUGAUCAGAGCGUUACUAACUCUGAAACACAUCAAGGAACUCAAAAGGGGUCUGAAUGGAUUGAUAGACCACCCCGGACGCCUUUUCAUGUAAUUCAAAAGGAGGACUGCAGAAAUAUCGAAUGGACCCAAUAACCUUGGAUACAUUUAAAUAGCUGUUGUGAACCCAAGAAGCCCCCAACAUGCUUGAUUUUUUGGACUUGAUUUAGGGCGUGUCAGGUUUCUUUGUAUCAUAAAAAAAGAAAUUGCCUGUUUUUCCUUUAUUUGUAAACUAUACAUGUUAAGCAGAUGACACUAUUUUGAAAUAUGACUUGAUUUCAUAUUGUACAGACUGUACAGGAAUGUAUAUUCCUGCUUGUGUGUUUUUAUAUAGCAUUUGUGUGUAUGUGUGUGUGCAAGAGGUAGACAGAAGAGGAGAGGGAGGAAGAUGAGAGAAAUAAUGAUGAUAGAAUAGGUUCCAGUAAUAUUGAGUCAAAUAUGAAAGCAGCCUCAUCUUUGGUGUCUCAGAGUCAUGCAAAAUUGAGCAGUCGUCAUAUGGAAAUGUAUCCUUUAAAUGGAUUUCCGUAAAAUGUAGUCGGAUUUUUUCAAUGUACAAGCAAAUGUGAAGUGCGGAUGGAUUAUGAAAAAGGGGGACAGAAUAAUUAGAAAACAACACUUGUGCAUUGCAAACAGGCCGGAGGAUUUUAAUGACUUGAAUGAUGAUGUAAAUUACGUCGUUUAAAAAAAAAAAAUCAUUAGCAAAUGAACAUUUAUUUGCAAAUGAUGAUCUUGGGAAUGUUUUAAAAGUACUGUUAUGCUCUCUCCAGAAUACAAAAAAAAGAAGAAAUGAAGUGGCACUUAAUAUGAAGGAAACUUGAAUGUUACCAGGCCCUCUUAUAUUCCCCACCCUGACAUAAAUGUCACCAUUUGGGAGUCUUGGAUCACACAAAAUCAAAGGCUGACUCCUGAGAUGUUUUUGGUGUGUGGAAACCGGCUUAGACUACAUGAAGUUGUCUCUCCAAAUUAAGAUUCAUGUAAUACAAAUGUCAGACCUACAGUAUGUUAGGAAUAGAUAUAUUUGUGCAGUCAAUUUUUCUAAAUGUGGACACUUGCACAGCAUACUGUAUUAGCAUGCAUUCCACUGCAUUUCAUAGAUUCAAGACUGGGGAUUACAACUUGUACAGAUGUUGAUAUGAGAAGACGAACGGGAACUGAGGUCCAUAAUUUUUACGUCUGGCAUUCCUUCGCGAGAUGAUAUUCUGUAACUGUACAGUUUAACUGAGGUGGUUCUUUUGCCCACUCAUCAAUAAAGACUCUAC